AGUGUUUUCAUUACGUGUUUUGUAACCACUAAUUGGAUUACAUUUCGUUAAAUUAACAUAAUAAGCAAAAUAAUAGAAGAAAAUAGAAAAAUAAAAUACCGUUAAUAAAUUACAUUUCGUUUUUUUGCUAUUUAAUUUUAAGCAGCGUCGUCUCUGUUUUCGCCGUUGUUUCCUUCUUCUUCUCUCUUUCUCUUUCCUUCACGCUCUCUCUGUUAUAUCUCCUUUUUCUCUUCCCAAUUCUCUCAUCGAUCACUGAAUCUUCUUCUUCUUCUUCCUUCUCUUAAGAACAGGUAAAACUCAAUCCCUCUCUCCUCUUCUCCUUCUUUUUCUCUCCUCUCUCUUCUCUCUUUUAAUAAAAAAAAAAACCCUCUCUCUUUUUUUUUUCAUUUCUGGUUUUUUUUCUUCUUUUGGUUGCCGAGAAAAAACAGAGGAAAUUUUGCGAUUUCUGUUUUUUUUCCUCGGUGACCAGAAUCGAUUAUUUUCAACGAGCUUGAUCGAUAAAUUCUCAAACUUUAUUCUUCUUCAAGAUCCAUGGCGGAAGAACAUCGAUGUCAGACACCGGAAAGCAACCGUCUCUGUGUUAACAACUGUGGUUUCCUCGGCAGCUCCGCCACCAUGAAUCUCUGUUCUAAUUGCUACGGCGAUCUUUGCCUCAAACAACAACAACAAUCCUCCAUCAAAUCCACCGUCGAAUCUUCCCUCUCCGUAUCUCCUCCUUCAUCAUCAUCGGAGAUCGCUUCCAUCUCUUCUCCGAUCAUCCCUCCUCUCCUUAAAACUCCCUCCGUAAAGCUAGAGGUACCGGAGAAAAAGCCGGUGAAUUCGCCGCCGGAGCAGAAUCAGCAACAGAGGCCGAAUCGGUGCACGACGUGUAGGAAACGGGUCGGGUUAACCGGAUUCAAGUGCCGGUGCGGUACGAUGUAUUGUGGGGUCCAUAGGUACCCGGAGAUCCAUGGAUGCAGCUACGAUUUCAAAUCGGCCGGUCGUGAAGAGAUCGCGAAAGCGAAUCCGUUGGUGAAAGCAGCGAAGCUUCAGAAGAUUUGAUCAGAGCCGUUCGAUGCGUUGACUUUUCUCGUAAGUCUUCAAUUUUCUACGCGUAUGUGUGUCCUCCGUCCCCCGAGAAAUACGGAUGGUGUCGAUUUGAUCUCAGCCGUUGGAUCAAAUGGUUUAUUAUUGUAAAAGAUUGAUUAUGUAUUUAUCAAAGGGACACGUGUCACGUGGUUUUAGGAUGGAGAUGCUUUCGCUUUCUUCUUCAUUUUCCUUUAAUUUUAUUUUCUUUUUCCUUCAGAAAGAAAUAAGAUUAUUCGCAUUGGCUUUUUUUUUUUUUUUUUUUUUUUUAAUUCCGGCUUAUUAUUAUUAUUGUGUGGCUUUUGCGUGUACAAAGUCUAUUCAGAAAAAUCAUAAAAGUUAUACAUUUCCGUCAA